CCAUGUCCCAGCAGCCCCUCAUCGGCGACGAACCUGGAAUCGAGGUUCAGUUUUCAGGAACUCGAACAAGCGUCAUCCUCCGGCCCUACGAGUAUGGCCGAGGCUUAAACGCCAAUUCUUUUCGCCCAGUUCCUCCGAACUCCCGCUUCGUGACCGCUCUUCCUCGCUUACGCGGCAAGAAGCUCCCUUUUGAGCGAUACAGUACCUGGUGUAGCGACUGGACGACUCAAUCUUCGCUCGUGUUCUAUGCGGAAACCUUCCCGUCUGUCCGGUCCCGGGGCGCCACCCGCCUACGCUUCGCGAUCAAGGUCGCCCUCAACAUCAGGCCUGAUAAUUAUGGACAUCCACAUCUGGAGGCCAUGUAUCACGAAGCCGUGUUCUACGCGAAACAUCUAGGUGAGCUGCAAGGGCGUGCCGUGCCGAAGCACUAUGGAAUCUGGGUCGGGACCACGCCGUGGGGCGUGAGUGUCGCCUGCGCGUUCAUGGAGUGGGCGGGGCUGCCUUACUGUAGCGCGGCUUUUGACAGGAACUUUGAGCGCAAGGAUAGAAGAGCGAAGACGAUGGCGGUCCUGUUGGCGCUGCACAGGGCGGGCUUCCAGCACAACGGCUUGGACGAAGACACCCGACAUAUCCUCUUCGACGAACCUCGCGAAAGGGCCUUCCUCGUCGAUUUCACCAACGUCGAGCGACAUAUCUGCACCAAUACUGGCCGGGUUGGACCUUGUCGCUUGAACAUGCCUUUAAAAGAGUAUAGCGGACCGCCCGCGCCCCACAUCCUAGGAUGCGAAGAGAUCUGGCAGCUCGGGUGCACUGUACACUUCUUUGGAAAUGGACCACCGGCUGGUCCCGAAGCUGACCCCGAGGUCCAGAAGGCAAACCAAAAGGCGACUGACGCGUAUCUCAGAAAAAAGCGCGCGCAAGAGGCAACAGCGCGAUUGAUGAAAUGUCUUGAGGAGCAUCGUCGCCAAGUCUUAGAUGUAUCUGCUCCACGACCUUCUGAGUUUGCCGACGCUACUAGCGCUCAGCGUUGACGAGAAUUUCACCGCAAGUUGUGAGAUAAAUAUAUGCCAGCUAUAAUCCCCAUGUGCUUCCGUAUUCCAAUAUCGCUG